CAUUUCGGUCAGCUUUUGAAGUACGCAAAGAAGUAGCAAGAACAAAAGACGUAGAAAAUUUUUAAGAGCUUACAGAAAUUGAAGUCAAAUUACUAAGAAAAAUUGUAUUUUGCCAAUAAAAAAAGUAGUAAAAGCAUCGAAUUUAAAACGUUGGUUUAUUUUUUUGGGCAAACGAACGAUAUUUUAUUAUUUCGUCUACUUUAAAGGAUAUAAAUUUGCAUACAAAAAAAAUACGAACAGACUAAUUGGAAAAAUCAUUGCAACGCAGUUAAAGUAGUUUUUAUUACUUUGGCUAAAUUUAAGAUUUGCUGCAAUUUGAAAGCCGAAAUAGAGUAUAUUUGUGCGUUUGCGAGUGCUAUAAAAUGUUUCAUAAUAAAUAUUUGACUUUGGCUUUGGUGCUGAGUAUUUGCAGCGCUCUAGUUUGUGCCGCCCAAAUCGAUGUGAGUCUGGACAAAGCAACAUUGCCUGCUGAUCCAGCAGCAGCACCAGCAGCACCAAUCGUUGGUAAGGAUGAAGUUGUAGAUAAAACAACUAAAGCAACCACCACGUCCAGCACAACUACUACAUCAACCACAACCACAACCACUACAACAACAACAACAACACCGCCGCCACCUACAACUUCAACAACACCUUCGACCACCACCACUACAGUGUCACCAACGACAACCGCUGCACCCGUCACCACAACUGUUGCGCCAAUAACAACUACACCGUCACCAGCGCCAUUCCCAGCACCAGAGAUUGGCGUAUGGAAUUCCAGCUGUAUAAUUAUGCACUUUGCUGCUCAAUUGAAUGUUACCUAUGAGACCAAAGACAACAAAACUGCUUCCCGUUUGUACAACAUCCCCAAGGAUGCCAAGGUUGAGGACGCCAAUUGCGCCAAUGUUUCACAAACGAUUCACAUUAUUUGGGGACCAGUUGAAGCUAUACACUCGAUGGUACUCCAAUUCGAUUUGGUCAACAAAUCUAGCGAGUUGAAACAGAUCUUCAUUACCUUGCCACUCACCAGCGAUUCCUUCCCUGAUGCUAAGGAUAACGAAACCAUCCAACUGAUCCACGCUGGCGAUGAUUUUGUUACACCGGUUAAAAUGUCUUACCAUUGCACACGUGCACAGAAAUUCAAUUUGACCGAGGUAGUGCAGACUACCAAAGUAAUUGGCACCAUUACGCUGAGCAAUGUACAAACCGAGGCAUUCAUCACGGACCAUCGCAACACCUUCGCCAAUGCCGUGGAUUGUGAUGGACCCAAAACAAUGGACAUUGUGCCCAUUGCUGUUGGCAUUGCAAUGGCCGCACUCAUACUCAUCGUAUUGAUUUCGUACUUGUGUGCGCGUCGUCGUUCCACAUCGCGUGGCUACAUGAGCUUCUAAGCGGUUUAUAUAGCACGUGUUGCUCGUUUGGCGUUUUAGUGACAGUAAUUAUAUAUGUAGGCAUAGGCGGUCGUAGUAUGUGUGAGGGGACACGCUGGGGGGUUAUUUUGUAUAGGGUUUUCCGCGAAAUUUUGAUUUAAUUUGAAAAGGGGAAAUUUUUCUUUUCUUUUCUUCUUAGUUUUUGAGAGAGAGAGAGAGAGAGAGAAUGAGUAAAAAGAUUGAAUUGCCGAGUUUUGAUUUACUUUGUCACGUAAUAUAGCAGUUGAAAGAAAGGUUGAAAGAAAAUACAAAAUACAAAAAUAAAAACAACAACAAAAUAAUAGCCAACACAGCAGUCAUUUAAGAUAUUCA